UUCUGGGCAGUUUUGGAGUAUCCAUUAUUUUGGCAAUUUCAAAAUGAUAUUUUAUUCGGGACAAUGUUAAAAUGUCAUUUUUUAUGGGCAAUUUUAGAGAGUCAGAUUUUUUUUCCCCCGGAGAUCAUGUAAAUCCCCGGAGGAAACCCACAGGGAGCACAUGGAAAAGGGAGAACAAGGAAAUUAGUCACUUAUUUUACACAUGAUUUAGUAAUAAAUUAUUUGAAACAACAAAAAAAAUCUGAGGAGCCACUUGGGAGCUGAAGGAGUCGGUUCUUUUUAGCGAGCCGAGUCAUAAAAAGAGCCGGAAUGCUCAUCAGCUAGAUCCAGGCCGCUGCGGGGCGGUAGAUCAGUGCAGUAGAGUGUGUGAGCUGCAGUGUGGAAGUGUGGAGGUGCUGUUAAAUAGAAGUAGCUGUAUUAUACCUAAAAUACUCAAUAACCUAAUAAACGCCCUGUCCCACAAUGUCUUCCUCAGCUUCACCAGACUGCCAGCCUACAGAGCUGAUAUCUGAGUUUACUGUAGGAGAUGCUGAAGCUCCGGGUAUCAGAGACACACUGAGGCUGUUCCUGAACAAGCUGACUGAGAGCAGCAGGACCACAGUAAAGAGAAGUAUGGAGCGCUCUCUGGAAGAAGCUGGCCAGUUGCUGAGGAAGAUCCCAGCACCUCUGCUCCAGUCUCUGCAGCCCCAGCAGCACCACAGCUUAGUCCAGCUUCUCCUGGCUCUGCAGAUGGAGGCACCAUCCUCAUCAUCAACCUGUAGAAAAAUAGACCAGAUGCUGCAACAUUUGGCUCAGGCCAACCAGACUAUAAUUUACGAUGAGGUCCAAAAAUGUCUUCACAAAGUUCUCUACCAAGAACAGGUUUUGUCAUUGAAAGAUCUGCAGAUUGUGUGUAUGUUCUUGGAGGACAGCUCAACUGGACGAGAAGUUUUGAGGCAGGCCUGUACAGCACUGCUGAGUAAAAUCACACAGUUAUUACCUGCUGUUAUGAAGGAGGAAGCUGCAAGAAAUGGAGCUCUGUGUUAUCAGACUGUAAAGGUCUGCCUGCAGGUGUUCCAGCUGCUGCCCGAUCAGAUCAGCCCCCUGGUGUUUGGGGAUCAGACUGAUGAGCUGCAUAUGAGGAAGAUUCUGGAGUUUCUCAUGGAUGUUAUUUUGGGGGAGACUUCCAACAGGGACACCCGCCUGCUGGCAGGAACCGCAGUUGCCAUGCUGAUCUCCACAGCAACAGACAGUGAGAGUGGAGGCUCAUCUGCCUGGAGUCUGCUGCAGGUUACCAGCAGGGAUCAGUGGAGUUUAACAGUGGGUGGCCUGCAGCUAGACUGUUGUUCCAGAGUAUCUGAUGGCGUGGACAGACUGGCCGUAGCCAGAGGUCUGCUGACCUGCUGCAGGAAGGAGAUCCUCACCAGUCGGCCGAAGAACAAUGGGGUGUGUCUCCUCCUGGAUGGAUUAUUUCCUCUUAUCUCCGCUUUGCACAGGGAGAAAUUGGACUGUCAGUACCAUGUGUUCCAAGUUUUCACUCUGUGGCUGAGAAGUGUGAAAGAAUGUCUCUCAAAGAUUUGGGAGGUAAAUGGAGCUCCUUUACUUGGUGAAGGCUCAACCCUGCGACACACACUCACACAGAUGAUUUGGAACAGUGCGGAGAGCCCGCUAGAGGGCGUAUCUGAGGCAGUGCGUGGAGCUGUCUGUCUGUAUCUGGAUAUCUAUGAGCUGGACUGUCAGCAUGCUGGAGACUCUGAGAAACAGCUUUAUAUGGAGUUACUGCACAGAAUCUCAGAGCUGCCCUGCGAAUCUAAAGCCAAAUACUCACCUCUCAGUGCUCUUCUUCCAUAUAUAGGAACAGACAAGGUUCUGGAACAAUAUCCCGCUCUACCUUCUCACAUCCUCAAGUGCCUCUCCACCAAUCAUCUCACACCUUGUGCCUCUGAAAUCUACAAAUCCCUCCUUCAGGAACAAAGACGAGAGCUUACCAUUGGUCCAGCAAAAGACGUCUUGCCCACUGAGCUACACCUGGCCAAUCGGUGGGCUCAGCGAUGGCAGCCCACCGUCCUGAAGGCCCUGACCUCUGAGGUGACUCUCCUGCAGAACAACGCCUCCAGCUACCUGCUGCCCUGCACACUGCGCUGUUUCCCUGGAGCUUUCCACACCCUGCUGCCUGCCCUGGACCCCGCUGUCCGGGGACACCUCAGAGCCUGGACCUGCAUCAUGAGCGCCCAGCGGACAACCGGUGGCCGUUCUCCCUGGUUUCAGGAGAGCGGUGUUAAUAUGGAGACUCUGCAUCUCGCCCUGUCCUCUCUGGACGACAGUGUUCGACUGGCAGCGCUCAGUCUUCUCUGCUGCAGCCCAAAAACUAAAGAAGCUCCAUCACUGGCUGAAUACUCUGCCAUGAGGACGUUCCUGCCUCUGAAUCUGAACAGCGAGUCGUCUCCGUUCCGCCAGCACCUCCAGGCAGGGAUCAGGAAGUUCCUGGUGCGCAUUCGAGACAGCUGUUUGGCGAACCUGAAGGGUCAAAAGAGCAAGAAAGGGCUGAUUGAGGACCAGGAGAGGGAGCUUGAACAAGGAGUAGACUUCGUUGAGUGGCUGGCCCAGCUUCCUCUGUACUUUUUAGUUCCUGGUAACAGUUUCCAAAGGAAGAAGACGGCUCUGCUGCUGCUGAAUGCUGUUCUAGAGACCUGCUCAGACAGCUGGAGUCCAGACAGGAAGAAGGGCCAACCACCAGCGAACAUGGCUGCUCUAAUAAGCUGGGCAAAGGAAAGGGGACAAUGGGAUUUCUUCUCCCGUUCAAGACAGUUGGUCCUGAUUGGCUGUUUGGAGGAUGCAACUAAUGAGAUCCGUGAGCAGGCCGCUGAGCUGCUGGUGAGGUUCUUUCCCUGCUCUCUGCAGCCUGACGUGGUCACUGUGCUCUUCAGCCGGGCUCAGAGACUUCUGUGCAGCCCACGAGUGCAGGAGGCCCAGAUGGGGGCGCUGAUGAGCAAACUGCUGCUACAGAAGUGUUCAUCUCUGGAUGGACUGGUGGCAGAAUGUGUGAAGCAAGGUGAGAUGCACUCGGCCAAGCUGAUUGGACACCUGCUGAAGAGCCUGGAGCAGCACUAUGUUACCGCCAGAGAGGACAUGCUGCUCGCUGCACGCUCCUCACCUAUGCACGGUGUAGUCGGUGCUCUGCAGAGAUGUAUGCUGGAGGUUCCUGGAGCUCUGACUGAAGCUCUGACCCCCAGUGUGACUGCAGACCUGCUGUCUCUGCUGGAGAAGAUCACUCUGCUCCUGCUGGGCGUGCUCUACGGUGAUCAGCACACGCAGGACAAAGAGAUCCCACCUUCGUUCUGCGACAUGGGGAACGCCAUCAGCUCUCUGAUUGGUCAGAGUGGUGCGGGUGAGGCGGGGCUCGAUGAGGAAGGGGACGAGAAUGUACUGUUAUCAGAAGAACACAGUCUGGUGCUGACCUGCUGCUGGGUCACACUGAAGGAAAUCGGGAUAUUUCUGGGCUCGCUGGUGGAGAGGAUUCUGUCAGUGUCCUGUAAAAACACACCGCUGUUAACUGUGAAAGAUCUACAUGGAGCUUCCAGAGUGUUUAAGGAUAUUAUCCUCAAAUGUAGACACUGGGGGGCAGUGGAGGGCUGCUGUAUUGGAUUCACGAAGUUCUGUGCUGCUCUGCUUGGCAGUCCUGAUCCAGAGCUCCGAGAGAUCCCCAGCCGUAUGCUACAGCAGGGUCUGACAGUUCUUCAGUCCCCUCGUGCCACCUCAGUGACGAGGCGUGCAGCUGGGCUGCCCAUGCUCAUUCUGGGGGUUUUAGCUGCUGAAGAGAACAGCUCGUCUCGUCCUCUGCUGGCUCUCAGUGUGAACACGCUGUUAGAGACCGCGAGAACCCCGCUGCCCCCAGACUGGGACCAGACUCUCGACCUUCCACAGGUUUGUGCAGUUCACACUCUGCAGACACUGGUGAAAGGCUCCAGUCUGGGUUUGAGUAUUCUUCAAUACGCCCCUGCUGUCGCCAUGCUGUCACUCACACUCCUCAGCUCCCCCUGCUGGGCCAUGAGGAACGCUGCGCUGCAACUCUACAGUUCUCUCUGUUCUCGGAUGUUGGGUCAGCGACCCGCCGGUGAGGACGUCUCCGCCCAGUAUGCCAUGUCCCCUCCGGCCUUCUUCAGCCACUACCCUGCCCUGCAGCCCUUCCUGCAGGAGGCGCUAGAGAGAGCUGCUGCAGAUCUGCAUGAGAGCAGACUGAGCCUUCAUCCCUCCCUUUACCCUGUCCUCACACUGCUGGCCAAACUUCAGCCUGGAGCUCAGGAGCAAACCCGCGCUCUGUCAGCCUUCUUGCAUCCACUGCUCCAACUAGCCGCUAGUCCUGUGUACGCAGUGCGAGUGAUGUCGUCCCGAGCCCUGGUUGCUAUGAUACCACCCGCGGAGUAUCUGGCGAGCGUCGUGCGGAUGGUGGGAGAUCUGCCGGAGUCGCCGGAGAGCCCGUGCCGUCACAACCGCGUACACGGCCAACUGCUGCAGAUCAACACCGUCCUGCUCAGAGCACUACACUCUCACCUGCUCUGCUCCUCCUCUCUCCGUCCUGUGGUGGAGGGUUUGGAGGCGCGGCUGUGGUUGGGUUCCUCAGAUCAGCGGUGUGCUCUGGUACGGCAGGAGUACGUAUCUGUGCUGAGACUGCUGAGGAAGAUCUGCUCUGAGACUUUCCUCAGCCGCCUGUGCUCUGUGCUCCUGGAGGAGACAACCAGAUCCCCACACAGUCUGGAGCUCGGCUCGGCCUCCUUCCACCAAACAGCUGUCCACUUCCUGUGUGAAGACUCUGAGUGGGCGGAGCAGGUUUGGCAGGAUCUUUCCAGUAAGAGUUCAGCUGCACGGCUCACGCUGGUCAGGUGGGUAAAGGAGGGGCGAGGCUGGAGAGGAACCGGCCUGCAGAAAGUGCUGCAGAGAGAAAUCCAGGCCAACCUGAAGGAGGCGCUGUUGGAUCAGGAUGUGGAGUACAGAAGAGCGUAUCUGAUGGCACUAGUGGAAGUCCUGAGCCCAGAAUUGACCCAGUCUGGGCCUCUCCUCUCUGGGCUUGAGGAAUCAGAGCUGCAGGAGUGUGUAGAGCUUAUUCUGGAUGAUCUGAAGGACAGUAAAGGAGGUCCAGAGCUCCUCUCCCAGUCUCUGUGUGCUCUGAGUCUGCUCCUCUCUCAAAGUAAGGACUUGGCCCUGCUGAAUCCGUGGUGUGAGUUAUUGGAGACACACCGGCGUGCUGAGGCUCCUGAGGCUCUGCGACUGGCCUGUGCUGAAUCUCUAGCCCUCACUGGAUCUGCGGUCGUGACCAGCAGCCUGAAGAGCCGCACAGCCCUAAAGGCUCUCAGCACAAGGUUGAUCAGUACAGGUGUGCACCUCCUGCAGGAUGCGAGUCAGCAGGUCAGGGCCGAGGCUGCCGUCUUCGCCGCCAUCCUCUGCAGGUCUGAAUCUGAUCUAUCUACUCAGAGCUGCUUCCUCAAGCAGAUCAACCAAUCACUGCGCUCCCUGCUGGACCUUCUGCUGAGGGAACUGUGGGAGAGCGAGGGAAUCCUGGAGGCUUUGGUGGGUCACCUUCCAGAGUGUGAUCUCAGUUCCCUGCUGGAGGAGGUCAAACACACACAAUGCAGCAGUCUGUACGAGCAGGACGAAGCCAACGUGUUUCUGGAGCCCUCAGUUAUCUCUGAGACCGUCCUGCCUCACCUGAUGAGCCUCGCUCAGCGUUACCCAGAAUCCUCUUCUCUUGCAGAGCAGCUGGAUCAGUGGGCAGAACAGAAUGCAGCAUCUGUCCGUGAGAACCUCAGCAUCUGCAAGAGUCUUCAGAUAGGUGGAAAUCUGGGUCCUGAUUGGCUGAGUCUGCUGAUGGAGCCUCGUUUCCACAGCACCCUUUGUGGUCUGUUCUCCAGGGCUGCGUUCCUCCUGCAGCUGCUCAGGGUCUCAGAUAAGCUCGGACCCCUGCUUGACCUCUCGACCUUAUCUCAGGACCUGCUGGACUCUCACGCUCAGCUCAGCGUGCACGGGGUCUUCAUCUCCAGCGUCUUCAUCCAGUCUGUGAGGACUGAAUGAGUGGAACUGUGUGUAAGUCUGAGGAUCCAUCAGACCCAAUCCAACUUUAGAUUCUGAAGUGGUUUAAUCCUUAUUAGUGAAAUCAGAAAGUCAUAUCAGUUGAGAAGAGUCUCCUUGCUGUUAUUUGCAUGUAAUCAGGUUGGAUUUGCCUUUCUGAACAUCACAAACCUGUCUGCACGGCAUAAGAAACUAACCUAUGGCAUUCUUUUUGGACGGCCUAUAAAUUGAAUAGGUUGUUGUUUCGCAUGUUGUGUAAGUGAUGCAGAUAAGGCGUUAAAAUCUGAUCUCAAUAUAAUAUGAUUUCAAACUGCCUCCAAAUAUGGUUCAGAUCUGAUUUGCAAAAUCAGAUGCAAACAGGCUUCAUCAAAUAAAAAAUUAAUGUCGUUUUUAGCUGUAAAAAAUCUAAUUAAUAUGAAUUCAGUCUAGAUAUACCAAAAAAAAAUAGAUUUGCACUUGCUGUCUAAACAUACCAUAAUAACCAAACUAGACUAUGUUGUUAUAAAUAAUUGCAACUAUGCAGGUUUCAAAUGAGAACAUCCAUUUCCAAAAAAAACCUCAUAUGUAUGUAAAAAGUUUCAUUUAAAAUAAGUAUUGUUCGUAAUUUUAAAUGAAUUCCCCCGUUUUUUUGGAGCCAAUUCUACUGUACUGCUCUGAGCUGUAAUAUUGUGCUUGUAUGUAGUAUUUGUACAAAUAGCCUUCACAAAAAAACUAUUCUGGCCAAAACCAUCCUAUAGGACUGCACUGAAAUGUGUUCCUAAACUUUUUACCCAAUAAAUUCAAGAUUUGAACUUAACUAAGUUAAGUAACGCUAAUUAAACAAAACUUAAACAUAAAUACUUAAAGAUUUUCUUUUAAAGACAAACAAGUGCUGGAUGUUAAUCUACACAGAUUUCUCCCCUAAAAAAAUCUGUUUAUUUGGGUGAGUAAAGCACUUCCGUUUAUUUAGAGUAAACUUAGAUUUCCAGAUUUCCACUAAGGCUGGGUGCAGCAGCAUUAGCAUUAGGCCCGGUUAGCAGCUAACGCUAUUAGACAGUUUCGGUAAACCUGGCCGAUUUUAGCUAGCAGUUCGUCCUCCGUAGCUUGAUUUAACACAGUAAAAGUGCAGGCUACAGUCUGAUAUACUCGCCUACGAACGGCAAAAGAGCUAGUGCUGUGGUUAGAGGCUAAUGCUAAUGCUGCUUCAGCCUCAGUGCUGGAGAAACUUCACUGAAACUUGCUUUAAAUGCUGUACUUCAGAAGAGUACAGUCGAUUUUUGGGAAAAUUAAAGGAUUUUAAGUGCACCAUGUAGUGCGAAAAAUGAUACUUGUAAUGAAUUGCAGCAGGUGACUGAAAAAACAGUUUUUUUAUUAUUCUUAUUAUAAUUGCAGUAUUAUCAACAUGUGCAAAAUGUACAACAUUUUUUUUUCACCAUGUAUAAUGGAAAAACUUAACCGAACCUGCCAAUCCCACAUUAUUCAGAUCAGUAUCUAGUAUUUAUCUUAUAGUAUUAAUAUGUGGUGCAUUUGGGACUCAAAUAUGCUCUAAUAAAAAAUAAGUAAACUACCUCUCCUCCAGCCUGUGCACAGUGCUGAGUAUCUCAGUGAUAAUGUAAGUAUCAGACAGCAGUGUGGGAACAGAUGUGCGUGUGAAAGGUGAUCAGUGUUGCCGUUCCUCCUGCAUGCAGACGUGGUUAUGUAAGAGCAGCGGACUGAAGACUGCAGUGGAGUCAGAGCCGGAUCACAUUACUGUGGACGCUGGCCAGAGCAUAAAUGGGUUUGCAGCCAAGUGCCCUCCAUCUCCACCUCUCCACAACUCCACAACACUCUCUGGUCAUUAACUGUGUGACCAUGAGUGUUACGUUCAGUUCCUGUGUACCCAGUCUCAGCCUUUCACCCAGUCUUGAGCCAGCCUUAAAGCAGAACUCUGGUGUAAAAUGGACUUUUGUUGCAGUAAAACAUGAUAAAAGUUCUUACCUUUGAUGAAUAGCACACCUCCGUUCUCCCACAGCGUUCUGAGAUCCAGAAAUUUUAACAGUUUUCCAAACACCCUUCAGACUGGGUGACAAUGGAGCAUAAUUUGCCCCGAUAAAUUUUUUUUUUUCCACUGUUAUUUAGUUGCUUAAAGUAGCUCCACACCUCUUUGCUAGAAUCUGGAGAGCCCUGACAUUUAAAACGAGGCAUUAAUAACUUAAAAAGUGCACAAGAAGCCUAUUAAUAACCACUGUUUACAUCCUAUAACGCUAGUUUCAGCUCCGAGCGCCGGCAUCACUGUACUGAUAAUGACAUAGAUAUAUAUACAUAGACUCCGCACAGCGUAGCAGCCUGGAUAACAGUGGAAAAAGUGAUUUAUCAGGGCAAAUUAUGCCUCGUGUCAUCCAGUCUGAAGGGUGUUUGGACAGACUGUUAAAAUUUCUGGAUCUCAGAACGCUGUGGGAGAACUGAAGUGUGCUAUUCAUCAAAGGUAAGAACUUUUUAUCAUGUUUUACUCCAUUUUACACCGGAGUUCUCCUUUAAUACAGGGAAAUGUUCAUAUGAUGAUAUGCCUUAUGUCAUGGGACAUGGGACUAUUAGUACAUUGGCCCUAACCUCACUCACAAGAUAGCACCUCACGACAUACACUGUCUUGGGACAUUCCCUGAGGUCACACUUUAUGAUCAGUUUACAUGGGCUACUGCUGUCCCAUGACUUUUGGCAUUUCAUGUCUUUUGUGUACAGACCUAUGCAAAAGGUUUGAACACCUUUAGGAACAAAAGAUGAGGAAGAUUAAAGGAUAUUGAUGUAGUUUUUAAUAUGUUAAAUUCAGCUAAUAUAAAUAUGUAUAAAUUUUAAUGAAAUGCUGCUAUAAAACAAAAUACGGUAUUAAAUGUGUUUUUAAGACUUUUAAAAAAGCUCAUUUACAGUAUAGAAAUGUUAACAAAAUGGAUGAAAUCUUUACAUUUUUGGAUAUUUCUAUAACGUGUAUACAUAACUAAAGUAUAUAUAACAUUUUCUGAAGUGUUUAUUUUAAAGCUUUUCUUUUUCAUUUUAAUUUGUCUUUUAUCUGUAUAAAUGUAUAUUUGAAUGAUGUAGAGUACUACUAUUAAAAAUGCUAAUUA